AUGGAGCCGCUGUUGCUGUCCUGCGGCACCGUGGUCCGCGUCACAUUGGCAGACGGCCGGCCGCUGGCCAAAGUGCCCGACGCUCAGUUCAUGUCUUGCAUUCAGGUAAUUUCGGUUUCGGCCAGCGCUCCCACGAGAGAUCCCUGCCAGUCCAGGAUUUGGCAGCAUUCGGACAUCAACGUCGUGCGGGUGCAACUCCUCAUUCCGUCGCCGACCCAGUCCGGCCGCGACGCACACCACGUGACCCUGUCCUCCGCCGAGGCCAUACUCCGAGCACCUUUUGCCACGGCAGCGCGUGCAGCGCCUGCGCGCGGAGGACUAUGGCAGGUCUUGCUACAGUUGUCAGGCCUGGUGCAUUUUGCCCUGUACGGGCGCAUGGACCAUGCGCGAAGGCGUGGAAAGAAGAACUGGAUGCUAUACGUGCAGGCUUGUCAUGUUGCGGAAGUCCGCGUGCUGUCUGAAAGUGGUUGGCUGAGCCGUGCUCGGAGGUAG